AUGACAGAUGAAGAUGAUGGCUCGUUGUCCCCAGGAAACCAUAGACGACACACUUCAGCAAAGAAAAGGCAACCAGGCAUAUUGGUUUCUGCAUUGAGGUCGGUUUUUGGUUAUAGAAAAACCUCCUUGUCUUUGUUCGUGAUAACAACAAUUUUUGUUGUGGUGCUUGUCUCCUAUAUUGAUAAUAGCUUGCUAUACACUGUGGACUUACCGUUGGACCAGGUUGAGAAGAAACUAGUUGACGAGACCUGGUUAGAUUUACAGCUCAUUUCACAACAUGAGCAUCCAUAUGGGUCAAUUGCCAAUGAUGAAGUUCAUAAAUAUUUGGAAAACAGAAUAAACGAACUUAUAAGAGGCAUUGAUUACAUCAAGUAUGACAAUGAUCUAAACGGCACUAAUAAAAUUUUGUUUGAAGCCAACUCGAAACCUAAAAUCGUUACUUAUUAUGAAAGCAAUAAUUUAUUGGUUCAAAUUGAGGGAAGAGACAAGACGCUUCCCGCAUUCUUAUUGAGUGCCCAUUUUGAUUCUGUUCCAACUAGCUACGGGGUCACAGAUGACGGGAUGGGAGUGGCAAGUUUGUUGGGUGUCUUAUCAUACUAUUCAAAACAAGAAAGACAACCAAAAAGAACAAUAAUUUUUAAUUUUAACAAUAAUGAAGAGUUUGGCCUCUUUGGUGCUAAGGCCUUUACCUAUCACCCAUGGUUUAAAAAGGUAAAAUACUUUUUGAAUUUGGAAGGCACGGGAGCUGGAGGAAAGGCAAUCUUGUUCAGAGGCACCGAUUAUGGUAUUGUCAAAUAUUUCAGCAAAGUCAGAUUUCCUUAUGCUUCCUCUAUAUUUCAGCAAGGUUUUAGUAGCGGUCUUGUUCAUAGUGAAACAGAUUACGUUGUAUACAAAGAAGCUGGACUUCGAGGUCUCGACCUUGCAUUUUACAAGCCACGGGACAUUUACCAUACAGCAGAAGACAAUAUUAAGAAUAUUCGUGUUCAGUCCUUAUGGCAUAUGCUUUCUAAUGCUAUAGAUUUCACAAAACACAUGGCAGAAAACGAAAUUGAUGAUGUUGGAUCAAAUGACUCCGCUAUGUAUACAUCUUUCUUCAAUAACUUUUUCGCAAUAUCAUCUUCACAGUUGAUUAUGUUGAACUUGUUUUUGAUACUCGUGUUUCCAAUUUUGAAUGGACUUCUUAUGUUUUAUUCUGUGAAAUCGAGGAAGUGGGUUAUUACAUGGACGAUGGUGUUAGUAUUGCCAUUGACGAUAAUCCUUGCUAUGUUUGUUACCUAUUUUGCGGUGACAAACGGUUUUCAAGAAAUGAAUCAGUUUUUGCCCUCAUCAAAGCCUCUUCUUCUAGUGGCCACUACUACGUCAAUUCUAUUGUUGCUUUAUUCUGUCUUCUCCACCAUACUUAAUCGAAUAUUUCAUGUUGCAAGCACAGACCCAAAGUUGUUAUCGAUUAUUGUGAUUUCCUUCUUGUAUUGGGUGUUGUUGAUCUAUACAACGAACGGGUUAGCAAACAAUGCAGAGUCUAUGGCGCACACGGGUGAGUUAUUCUUCACCAUAUUGUUUGCAUUGCAAGGGACUGCAUCUUUCUUGGGUCUACUUGGUUGGAGUCUUUCAGGACUAUCAAGGAAAUAUUUGGAGGAGGAGGAGGAGGAGGGGGAGGAAGAAGAAGAAGAAGAAGGAGGAGGAAGAGGAAGAGGAGGAGGAGGAGGGAAUGAUGAGGAACCGCUCUUGGAUGGAUCUGUCGAGCGUUACGUGUCUGAUGGGGACGACGAUGAGGAUGAGAAUGGAGAUGCGAGUGGAAGACGACAGCAUGAUAAAAACCCAGUAAAACAUCUUGUCCAGCAUUUUGGAUAUGACUGGUCAUUACAGUAUUUGUUAACUGUGCCAGUGUCCUUAUUCCUCAUCUAUAAUUCGGGUUGGCUCGUUCUUGAUGGGGUCAAUAAGACCAUGCAAGAGUCUUUAUCUGGAGAGACAUUUGUUUACGGUGCUAUUCAAGUAUUUUCCUUUUCUUUGAUUGUCCCUUUAAUCCCCUUUAUUCACAAGCUCAAUAGGUACAUGGUGUUUAUCUUGAUAGCAGUUGUGUUGUUUGGGUCUGCAAUCAUACUGAUUGAAGAGCCGUUCAAUGAACAAAAUCCAUUGAAGCUUCGAUUGUUACAAACAGUAAACGAUGACCAGUCAUCGUCGGUUGAAGUGUUUGGAAGAGAAGGCGUGAUUUAUGAUGUUAUAUCCAAGUUGCCCUCUGUCGUCAAAUCACUGCUGCUGCCGCUGGGUAAUGUCAAAUGUUCAUCAAUUGCCGAAGGCAACGAAAUUUGCACAUACAAGACCGAAUUGAUUCCCAACAUUUUACCUCCAGGCGCAUCUUACAUUGAUAUUAAAAUCACAAAUUCAAAAUCUAGUUCAUAUGGUAUAAACUUUAAUGAAGUCAUCAUUAAAGCCCCAAAGAACAGAAUGUGUAAUUUGCAUUUCCGCAAGGAGGAAGUGAAAGCAAUAGUCAUAGGAAACACUACAGAUAUUCCACCUUUCAAGCAAAUACCAAAUGGCUACUCUUACAAUAAUAGGAAGAGCCAUUUCUACAAAGACAUUUCAGGUAUUGAAAAGCUAUUUCUUAAUAAAUUGGAUUGGGAAGAGCCUUACAAUUUGGCGUUUUAUUGGCUUCCAAGUAUCAAUGAUGAUAGCAAUUUGCUAAACUUUACUAUUGAUUGUUUUUGGGCUGAUUUGGCUCCAGUUUCACGAAAUAAUGAAACGUUGAGUGCUAUCCCUGCAUACGAGGAGUUGAUCAAGUAUACGCCGAAUUAUGUCACAUGGGCCAAUAAAGACAGAGGAUUAGUUUCGGUGUCGAAAAGUAUAGCCAUAUGA